GCCGACCCCGCUCCAGACCUCGGCCAGGCCUGCUACAGCGGGAACGGGGCCGGGUACCGCGGCACGGCCGGCACCACCCUCUCGGGCGCGCCCUGCCUGCGCUGGGACUCCGACCUGCUGUCCCACGAGCUCUCCAGCAGCGCCGUCGGGGCCGCCGCCCUCCUGGGCCUGGGCGGACACGCCUUCUGCCGGAACCCGGACAACGACAUGCAGCCCUGGUGCUACGCCCUGCAGGACGACCAGCUCACCUGGGGCUUCUGCCGCCUGCCCCCGUGCCUGCCCCGCGCCGGAGGUAGGGCCACGCCCGCGCGGGCGGGGGGCUGGGCCCGGGGCCCCGUGACCGCUGUCUUCCCGCAGGCACGGCGGCUCCGGAGGACACCGGAAGCCAGGCGGAGGCCGACGUGGGGGCGAAGGCCGAGGCCCAACAUCUCUGACAUCCGGGUCGGGCUGGGGCUGAGCCGCUACAGCACCGACACGCCCGGGGCCGCGGAGCUAGAGGUAGACAGCUACCUGCUCCACGACAACUACUCCCAGGCCACCAAGCACAACGACAUCGCGCUGCUGCGCUUGAAGGCCGACGCCACCGGCCACUGCGCCACGUUCUCCCGCACCAUCCAGCCCGUCUGCCUUCCCGAGGCCCCGGAGCCGGAGGAGCCCGGGCAGCUCUGCACCGUGGCCGGCUGGGGACACCUCUAUGAAGACGCCGAGGCCCUGUCCGAGCAGCUUCAGGAGGCCGUGGUGCCCCUGGUCCCGCACGAGCAGUGCAGCUCCGCCGCGCUGCACGGGGCCCGCGUCACCGCCGACAUGCUGUGCGCCGGGGACCCCGACGGCGGCAGCGACGCCUGCCAGGGCGACUCGGGCGGGCCGCUGGUGUGCGAGGAGCGGGGCCGAGCCACCCUGCGCGGCGUGGUCAGCUGGGGCGUCGGCUGCGGGGAGCAGAACAAGCCCGGCGUCUACACCCGCGUCGCACGCUACCUCGCCUGGAUCCGGGCCGCCAUGGCCUAGGCCCGCGGCCCAAUAAACCCCGUGGCGGCUCUGCG